UGUGUUUACUGAGCGGGGCUUCGCAGGCUGGAGCUAAGAAUUUCCCAUAUGUGUAAUAGCCACAGCCUAAAUAUCCGGCAAUGAGUUUCGUAAUUCCCCAGUGCAGGCCUGGACAGUGUCUGGGUGGGGCCUGGAAGCCACUGGAAACAGCCAAAGCCAGGCAGAGCCCCAGGGCGAGAGGGGGGCAGGCAGGUGUGGUGUUGGGUGUGGCUUGGGGCGGGCUUGCACCCCCACACCCAAGUGAGCAGCCUCCUUGAUCCUCAGCCACAGGAGCCAGACCUGUGGAGCCCCAGCAGAGGCUGACCUGUGUCUCUUCAUCUCCCCAAGAAAGUUGCCCCCGACGUGAACAAGAUGGCCUGGUGGAAAGCCUGGAUUGAACAGGAGGGUGUCACAGUGAAGAGCAGCUCCCACUUCAACCCAGACCCUGAUGCAGAGACCCUCUGCAAAGCCAUGAAGGGGAUCGGGACCAACGAGCAGGCCAUCAUUGAUGUGCUCACCAGGAGGAGCAACGUGCAGCGGCAGCAGAUCGCCAAGUCCUUCAAGGCUCAGUUCGGCAAGGCAAGGGGAAGGCUGGACCUCACCGAGACCUUGAAGUCGGAGCUGAGUGGCAAGUUAGAGAGGCUCAUUGUGGCCCUUAUGUACCUGCCAUACAGAUACGAAGCCAAGGAGCUGCACGAUGCCAUGAAGGGCUUAGGAACCAAGGAGGGCAUCAUCAUUGAGAUCCUGGCCUCUCGGACCAAGAAGCAGCUGCAGGAGAUAAUGAAGGCAUAUGAGGAAGACUACGGGUCCAGCCUGGAGGAGGACAUCCAGGCAGACACAAGUGGCUACCUGGAGAGGAUCCUCGUGUGCCUCCUGCAGGGCAGCAGGGAUGAUGUGAGCGGCUUUGUGGACCCGAGACUGGCCCUCCAAGACGCACAGGAUCUGCAUGCAGCAGGAGAGAAGAUUCGUGGGACUGAUGAGAUGAAAUUCAUCACCAUCCUGUGUACACGGAGUGCCACUCACCUGCUGAGAGUGUUUGAAGAGUAUGAGAAAAUUGCCAACAAGAGCAUUGAGGACAGCAUCAAGAGUGAGACUCACGGCUCACUGGAGGAGGCCAUGCUCACCGUGGUGAAAUGCACCCGAAACCUCCACAGCUACUUUGCAGAGAGACUCUACUACGCCAUGAAGGGAGCAGGGACACGUGACGGGACCCUGAUAAGGAACAUCGUUUCAAGGAGCGAGAUUGACUUAAAUCUUAUCAAGUGUCACUUCAAGAAGAUGUAUGGCAAGACCCUCAGCAGCAUGAUCAUGGAAGACACCAGCGGGGACUACAAGAAUGCCCUGUUGAACCUGGUGGGCAGCGACCCCUGAACAGAAGAACAAGAGCAAAGGCCACAAAGCCAGAGCCUCCAGGCCUCCUCACUCGACCUCAGCCAUGGACGGGAAUUGGGUGUCGGGGGGCCCGGGCUUUCAAUCUUCUAUUUCCCUAUUUCCAGUGCUUUCCAGCUGGGUUUCUGAGCCAGAGGGUGGAACCAGCCUGGACUCCUCUUCCCAGCUUCCCCCAGGUCAUUUCCCAGUGUGAGCACAAUGCCAGGCUUAGCAUUUCUGCAGUCCAUCAGGUGCCUCGGCAUGAGGGGCCUGCGGGCUUGUGGGUCAUCCCCUCCUCCCUGCACAGGAUCCUCCCAAGCUGAUCACAGAAUCUUCUGGACACAGGUUAUGCAGACCCCAGCCCCACUCCCGUCUACUGAAACAGGGUCUCCACACGAGGGGUCAGGGAAUAUGGGUUUUAAAUAAGCAUCUUGCUGAUACGCUUCUCUAUCAGGCACCCAGAGAGCUGGCUGGGAGCCCUUUUGUUUCAGAACAUACAUCCCUCAGCAGCUGAGAAACAAACACGUAUCCAUCCCAAACGGGAUGCCAUAACAUUCGUCUAAAAAAGUGAGGCUCUAUAUGGACGAGAAAUUCUCUCACCAUCUUAAUAACAAAAUAAGCUACAAAUUAAUGUUAUGACCCAAAGACACUGUUUCCUAAGAGGAUUGGGCACCCCUGGUCACUGGCCAGGUCGGCUGCCCUGGCCUUGCACCCCUCCACAUGCAGCACAGGAGGGCAUGGCCAUGCCCUGAGCACAACUCUUGUCCCCACUGAACGGCUGAGACUGGGUACCUGGAGACUCUGAGGUGCCUUUGCUGUGGCUUUCAUAAUAAUAAAGAUUUGUAUUCAAAUCAA